AAUAAAAUCCUAAAACGAAAGUUUGUAUUUUACACCUAUGCUUGCCGAUGGAUAAAGAUUGAAAGUCAUACGACGUCGUGUUGAGUCAUAUCUUGUUACCAAAAAAUCAUUGUUGUCAAAAGAGCUACACUUAUCCUCACAGACCAAGAAAGCACACAGCUCUUGCCAAUGGCGUCCAUGGCACUUUCAAUCGCUGCUCUUCCAAUUGCUUCUUCUUCUCUCUCUUUCUCUCGUUCAUGUUCUCCAACUGCCAUUCCCCUCGCUUCAUCCUCUUCCUCCAUCUCUCUCACCUCCUCAGUUCAACCACUCAUUUACUGCGGAAGAGGAGACAAGAAGACUGCUAAAGGAAAGCGAUUCAAUCACUCGUUUGGGAAUGCAAGACCACGGAACAAGACGAAGGGCAGAGGACCACCGAGGGUGCCGGUGCCACCAGCUCCACCACGGAAAGACCGCUUCGACGACGGUGAGGAAAAUGGAACUAAAGUUAUACGACGUGGUAUUGGUCAUAUCUUGUUACCAAAAAAAUCAACGUUCUCAAAAGAGCUACCCUUAUCCUCCCAACAAAGCACACAGCACUCGCCAAUGGCGUCAAUGGCACUUUCAAUUGCUUCUUCUUCUCUCUCUUGCUCUUGUUCAUGUUCCCCAACUGCCAUUCCCCUCGCUUCACCCUCUUCCUCCAUCUCUCUCACCUCCUCAAUUCAACCACUCAUUUAUUGCGGAAGAGGAGACAAGAAGACUGCUAAAGGCAAGCGAUUCAAUCACUCAUUUGGGAAUGCAAGGCCACGGAACAACACCAAUGGCCGAGGACCACCGAAGAUGCCGGUGCCACCAGCUUCACCACGGAAAGACCGCUUCGACGACGGUGAGGUAUCAGCUAAUCCAAAUGAUUCUAUCUCCACAUCUAAAGAAAAUUCAUCUCAUUUCAAGAAACUAAGGAACAUAGCUUGUGGCGUCCUUGCUGUCUUGGCUCUCACUACCACCUCUCCUGUAAUCGCUGCUAAUCAGAGAUUACCUCCAUUGUCAACAGAUCCUGAAAGAUGUGAGCGAGCAUUUGUUGGAAACACAAUAGGUCAAGCAAAUGGUGUAUAUGACAAGGCGAUUGAUCUUCGGUUUUGUGACUACACAAAUGAUAAAACAAAUCUAAAAGGAAAAUCUCUUGCAGCUGCACUUAUGUCUGAUGCUAAAUUUGAUGGAGCAGAUAUGACUGAAGUUAUCAUGUCUAAAGCUUAUGCUGUUGGUGCUAGCUUUAAAGGUACGGAUUUUACGAAUGCGGUUCUUGAUAGGGUUAAUUUUGGGAAGGCUAAUCUUCAAGGGGCUUCGUUUAAGAACACUGUGUUAUCUGGUUCGACAUUUGAAGGUGCUCAAUUGCAAGAUGUUGUGUUUGAAGACACGAUUAUUGGGUAUAUUGAUCUUCAAAAGCUGUGUGUAAAUAAAACUAUCAAUGAGGAUUCAAGACUUGAAUUGGGAUGUAGGAAUUAGAAGAGUGAUGAUGUCUCUUUGUGUUCUGGAAUCUUCUUGUAUUUUGUGUAAACAGUUUUGUUGUUUGGGAUUACUUUGCCUUAAUUUGCUCCAAAUGUAAAUCAUUAUAUAGUGUUUUGCUUGCUUUGUAUGCACAUAAUCUAAAAACACAAGUAUAAAGCUCUUUGAUUUGAUGGUUGACAUGUG